UUUCGGAACUGGCAUCAAACGGAAGUGAUCUACUGUGCUACUAAACGCAAUAGUUGAUAGGAAUUUGCAAUUACUGAUAUUUUGUUUGGAUUUAAAGCAAUGUAAAUACAAGAUAUGUCUUAUGGAUCAGCAACUUCUUUAGGUCGACCUGUAACCGCGCAUUGUCCAAUAUAGAUAUUACUGCGAAGUCAGUUUCAAAGUGACCAAGAUAGCAUGACCUCGACGUCAACAAGCCUACGAACGUCUGCCUCGAAGAUGAUUUUUACACCUUCACGGAUAAUGACAUCAUCAAGUCGAUGUUGCGAAACGGGACGUCCGGUUAUGAUCGACCCCGUUACCGGACAAACGAUUUGCUCUUGCCAGCUGAAAACAGGGGUACCAGCCUAUCUUGCCCGCGUGCCGUCACUGCCGGAAACCAUGUACGGUUCUGGCAUGGCGUCACAGUUCUCGCCAAAUCUGCUGACGUCAACAGAUGCGUCGUCUGCUUUCUACCAAAUGAGGUUAAAGACAGAGCGCGGCGCAGACGGCCCCAAAAUGGCGACAUCUGGUACGCAUGCGCCGUUCUAUCUGGAGCAGCUAAUGGCCGCACAUCCGUAUAAUUCUCUGUAUGCUGGUUUCGACCUCAACAGCGCCCGGCGGAAGAACGCCACGCGGGAGACCACGAGCGCUCUGAAGGCGUGGCUCUAUGAGCACCGGAAGAACCCGUAUCCGACCAAGGGCGAGAAAAUCAUGCUAGCCAUCAUCACGCGGAUGACCUUGACCCAGGUGAGCACGUGGUUCGCUAACGCCAGACGAAGGCUGAAGAAGGAAAGCAAAAUGGGGGACAAAGACAUCAACUUCGACGACAUUGACGUCGAUGAUGAUAAAUACGACAAAAGCAAAACGACUUCACAGUCCGAAAGCGAUCCCUGCGAUUCUCCGAUCAACGCCACUGACUUGUCGGACAUCUCCGAUGCCGAAGACGUCUCGCCGAGUUUUCGGCCUUCCCGCGCAUGCGCACAUCGGAUAUUCUCACCGGAACAACGAUUCGACUACGCCACAGAGGAGCGCCACCUACCGGCCGAUCAAACGCAUCCAACGUUUGAAGCAAACCGUGAGGAAAAUAGUUCCGAAGAUUCAUCCGCGGUACAAAGUAGUUCCUGCAAAUCUGAUACCUCAUCCGAUUGCCAAAUCAAGGACACUAAAAGACAGUCAGCAACUAUGAAUGAGAACGCUCCAAUUGUGAAACCAAAAAUUUGGUCAAUAUCCGAAAUUAUUAGUCCGAAGAUAAUCAGCUAGUUAGAGGCAUCAUUGUUUAGUAAAUUAAAUAUAAACAAUGGCUAUAUUUAAUUGGGUUGAACAGCUGUAAAUGCGUGAUACGUAUUGUGAGAAUUUCCGCGGUCAGAUGGAAAUGCAAGUGAAAGUGGUACUUCAACCAGCCUGUGAUUCGCGUUCUACUUACAAUGUUCAUAUACAUUUGUACUUUAUUACAAUUCGUCAAUACAACUCAGCCAAAAAUGUGUGUAUGUACUUGAUAAAGGCUGUGAAGACAUUAACCCUUUCAGUGCGGGAACCGAAUUUUAAAGGCCUUUGCAAACAGUUUGGAUCCAGAUGAGACGCCACAGAACGUGGCGUCUCAUCAGGAUCCAAACUGUUUGCUAUUCUGAUAGUAUUCUUUGAAAAAAAUAGAAGAAAAUGCUAAUUUUAGAAACUCUGCAGACGACAUUUUAGCAGACGACAAAUUUCCCAGCAUGCAAAGGGUUAACAUUUACCCAUAUCAUUUUAUUGUGUCAUUAUUUUAGUUGUAGAGCAUUCUCAAUACAAAAAGUCGCUUCUAACUAACAUGUAUUAGUAUUCCAGCGAUAUAUGAUUGGACGAAUCAGCGGAACUCAUAUUUUUGGUUAUUUGUAUGGUACCAAAAUCAUUCACCGUUUUAAAACCAUUAGUUAGUUAAUCAAACUGAAACUCUUCCGAUGUUCAUUAUUUAAUUUAUUUGUUACUUGAACAUUAAUUUUGUAUAUAAUCGACAAAUAAAUAUUAGCGUAC